AUGUCGACUGCGGGCUCCAAUGCUUCUCCACCGUCGCGGACACAGAAUGCCCAGCACACGCGCACAUACCAGGCCUGCAUACCAUGCAGGCGUCGUAAAGUGCGAUGCGAUCUUGGCCCGGUAGAUAACCCACAUGAUCCGCCUUGCGUGCGAUGUAGGAGGGAGAGUAAGGAAUGCUUCUUCUCUGCGACGCGCAGGAAGCGAAAGGCCGACGGCGAGGAUGACUAUGAUGAGGUGGACGACUACGAGGUGCGCAAUGGCAGGAAACGCCAGCGCUCGGAUGGCCUGCCAGAGCCUCUUACGAUAACGACGGCGAACAGCGCGGCGUACAUAUCCCAGCCUCUGACUCCAGGUGGCUCCAUCGGACGAUACGAGCCGCUACGACGACCCAACACGUCAGGCGGCCACCAGCCCACGCCCAAUGACGAAGAGGACCAGAAAGUGAACAACGAGACGGUCGCGACACUGCAGGCGGGCGAGGUCUACAGCGGACACGAUGCGCUAAACUUGCUGUUCGAGGCUGCUGGCAUGAACAACCACCAGCGGACAGGAAGUAGUUCCAGUCUCCAGCGACCGACUCUGGGCAGCACGCCAGGCUCACAAACCAACUUCGCAAGCCCUCGACCCAAUACAUCGCAUGCGCGAGGCAAUUCGCGAGCCACGGUCGAGCCCUCGGUAGAUCCCGCUAUACAGCAACCUAUGCUACCCGACCCUCCGAACGAAGCUGCCUUCGCCGAUGCUGUGAGAGCCUGGUCAAAGUUCCGCUUUGUUCGCGCAGGAUGGCUCACAGCGAAGGAAGCCAUCGCUUACAUCGACUAUUUUUACACCUUCUUAUCGCCCCUUACACCAAUCGUUGUACCAGACUAUCGCGAUCAUGCCUUCCACGCAAAGCUGCUUAAGGAGGAGCCCAUGCUGGUCAUUACUCUCUUGACCAUCUCAGCGAGGUAUUCACAACCCAGCGGGUCGAGCGGUGUGGGCGCAACGUCUAGGUCAUAUCUGAUCCACGAGAAGCUAUGGAAGUACCUACAGGGUAUGAUAGAUCGCAUGAUCUUCGGACAAGAGCAGUUCGGCGGCGGCUUCUGUGGCGCUGGCCAGCAGCCUGGGUCGGAUGUAAACCCGCUAUCGCGAAAGGGCCUACGCACCCUUGGCACAGUCGAGAGUCUGAUGCUACUCACUGAGUGGCAUCCUCGCGCACUACACUUCCCUCCUGGUGAUGACGACGAUGAGCUCGUUCUACCCGACGACCCGUACGAGGCAGGACCGAAAGCUGAUAUGUACAAAGGCGUGGGCGACAAGCGCAUCGACAGUUGGUUAGAGCCGUGCUGGCGCAGUGAUCGCAUGUGUUGGAUGUUGCUGGGUAACGCCAUGACGCUCGCUUUCGAGAUUGGUGUCUUCGACGACACGAAUGAGACGGAGUUCGAAGAAGCCAAUCAGCAUCUCUCACAUGCGACUGUGAAGGCCUACUAUCGACGGAAGAACCAUCUCCGCGACUUGCUCAUCAUCUACGUCACGCAGACUAGUGGCAGACUGGGUUUGACCUCUAUGCUCCCCAAACUCGAGCGUGACGAGAACCUAAUAGGCGGCCCCUCACCACUCGAGCUGUACAAGGAGCGUAUCAGUCGCAUCAAAGCACCUCCAGCACAGUUUGGUAUGCGCUCAGAUGGACAGCGCCUUCCGCUCGAGUCCAUUGCUACCCAGGAGCGUCAUGCUGUUCAAGAUCUUGUGCUCGACUUUUGGGCUCGUAUCGCCAAGAUCAUGGAGAUGGGCAAUCUGAAGCUGUUCUCUAAUCGACGGAAAACAAGAGAGUUACUCAAGACGGGAGGUUAUGAGGAGAUGCUGAAGUUCUUCCAAGGUCCCUUGGUGGAGUGGAGGAAGUGCUUCGAUCGAGCACCCCAGGUUCCUGCGCAACUCCGUCACGUCCUUAUCAUAGAGUUCGAGUACACGCGUGUGUAUCUCAACUCGCUCGCUCUCCAGGCAGUGGUAGAACGCUGCACACACAACACUCCGCUACAAACACAUGCUCAACCUAAUGGCCUGAACGGACGUGCUACUAACGGCAACGGUAACGGCAAUCCAAACGGCAAUGACGACGGUGGCGCUAUCCCCUUCAGCACACUUGUAAAAUGGUAUGCCAACGAUCGCCACUACAUUAACGAAGUCAUUGACGCGUCGCGCAAUGUGCUCAAAGUGGUGGUCGAAGGCCUGCAUCCUGGCGGCUAUCUACGACAUGCGCCAGUACGGACGUUCUUCCGUAUUGUCAGUGUAGCCAUCAUUCUACUCAAGACCUUUGCGUUGGGUGCAACUGAGGAGGACGUAGCUGUCAGUCUCAGUUUGCUUAGCGACUCGGUCGAUGCCCUACGAACGAGCAUAGUCGACGAUGUACACGUCGGCAACCGCUUCGCUGAUCUCGUCGAAACCCUGACCCACCGGAUCCGUUCGCGCUUCGUACGUCUUGCCGCCAACGGCUCGAGUGGCAUCUCGCGCGCCGGUAGCAAGAGCCCUAAUCAAGUACCACUGAUGCCUCCGCCCGCUCCACUCAACAACACUAACCAUCUCGCACCGCCAUACAUGGGAUCUCAGCAAACAGGUUUUUCAGGCACUGGUACCAGCGUACCAGGUUCCCCUAGCAUGGGCCUCAGUACAAGCGGUCGCGCAACACCUUUAUGGGGCAUUUCAGCCGAGCCUUACGACCCCAACAGCAACUCGAUCAGCAUUAUGCCACCGCCUGGCAACUACCAAAACUUCCAGAAUAACAACAAUGGGAACAAUUCGAAUUCGAACGGCAACAACAACACCAACUGGAGUCAAUGGGCAAACAGUGGAGCGAGUUGGGGCGCAGGGCAAGAUCAAGAUUGGCUUGCGCUGCCACUCGACCCUCUGCUUGAUCAGUGGGGUGCAGAGAUCAAUCAAACUGCUAUGGGACCGGAUAUCGGCGGUAUGGACAUGCUCGAUAUUUUGCUGAACAUGGGAGGGCCACCUGGUAGUGCUUAG